CCAGUUCUAAGCGCCAUUUUUGGUGCCUUCUUUGCCAAGGAGAGGGAAAAGAGUGAUGCUUCUUGUUCUCCCUGUGGUCGACGGCACGACCCCGCGCAGGACCACCUCCUGAAACCGGUGUUUUACCUAUCCGAGGUACUGGGUGUCGAUGGUAGUGCGUUGGAAAGGGGAAACCCAGUUCAUAUUGAACACUGCCUUCGCGAGGACGGGUCCUGUUUCUGGAGCUUCAAUACUGUACUGCGGCCGUGGGAAUUGGGUCGUCCAGGUGCUCUGUACUCUUGCGCUGCCUGCUGGGGGCUUCUUCUUGACGUUGGUGGUGGUGGUUGCUGGCCGGUAAUGGUAAAGCCAGGGAUGCGCAAAUACCCACUGGCAGCACUGCGUCACACCUUGGUACAGCGAGGGUAUCGCUGGACGUGUCCACUGGAACGAGAGGGUGGGUUGCGCGUGUGUUUCGGUACAUCUAGUUCGCAAGCAGCAAGAUAUUUUGGUGUAGCAACUGAUUCAGUGUUGUCGGAAUGUUUGGUUUUGUCUCUUUCAGGUUAUGUUGAUAUGUUUCUGGAACGGUAUGAGACUGAUGCGGCUUCGGAGGAUGGAGCGUCGUUGAGGUCUGCACCUGUUUUGAUACGUCGUGGUGUGUGGAAACGACAGGUUUUGGAUGAGAAUCUACAUCUUAUUCCAGACGACUUUUUCUUGAGGUUUUCUACAACGCCACACUGCGAGCCUCCUGAUUUUGUUGCAAUUAUGCGAUGGGUACUUGCUGUUAUGGCGGAGUUAGGUCCUGAAGAAGUGUUUAUCGAAGACGCUGCAGGUAUCCUUCUGUGA